AUGACAGAUGCCGCCGUGUCCUUCGCCAAGGACUUCCUGGCAGGUGGAGUGGCCGCGGCCAUCUCCAAGACUGCGGUCGCACCCAUCGAGCGGGUGAAGCUGCUGCUGCAGGUGCAGCAUGCCAGCAAGCAAAUCACUGCAGAUAAGCAGUACAAGGGCAUCAUAGACUGCGUGGUUCGUAUCCCCAAGGAUCAGGGAGUCUGGUCCUUCUGGUGUGGUAACCUGGCCAAUGUGAUCAGAUACUUCCCCACCCAGGCUCUCAACUUUGCCUUCAAAGAUAAAUACAAGCAGAUCUUCCUGGGUGGUGUGGACAAGAGGACCCAGUUUUGGCGCUACUUUGCAGGGAAUCUGGCAUCAGGUGGUGCCGCCGGG